AUAGAGUUCGUAAUUGACAGAAGGUUGAGUUUUCAUUUUUGUGAAAAUGCCUUUUUGAUAAAAUUUGCCGAUAAAUUCGAUUAAUUCAUUUUUAUAAACAUGGGUGGUUCGCAAAGCAGUCGAAAGUUAAGUGUUGACAAUGAAAACGCCAUACAAGUAUCCCAAGAAGCUUUAGAUCGCAUACAAGACCAGCUAAACGCAAGACAAGCUGAACAACCACAAUCUAAACCUCAAUAUGCUCCACCACCUUAUUAUGAUACACUGAAACAGCAAGAAUAUGCAGCGGAGGAAGCCUACUGGGCCCGUCGCAUUGAGAAUUUAAAGAGGGUCCAUGAAAAAAUCAACAGUGGUAUGCACAUAGAGUACCAGAAAACAUUAAAGGAAGCAAAUGAAUUAUUUGAUAUGGUAAAAGCAGAUAAAAUUGUUAAUAAAUUACCACCAUGCCAGGAAGAAAAAGCAAAGAUGCUAGAGUGCUAUAGUUCAAAUCCUAACAAAUCUCUUCUGUGUUCAGUGCUAGUGAAUGAUUUCAAUGACUGUGUGUGCAGAAGCAGAAUUGCUGCAGUCUCUACAUCUUGAGUUAAGCAGCUUUGUAAAUAAUGUCUAGUAAAGAAUUCCGAAAACAUAAUAUAACUUCUUAACUGCCAUGUGGCCCUGCGAAGUAGUUUUAUUUAUAUUAUUGCUGUAUGAAUAAAUUGUUAAUCUGAA